CACGGAAUGUAUAUUUGGAGGACACAAACAUUACAGACGCAAAUGCGAACACUCAAUCGGCUAUAAAGUUAUUUUAGAUUCUGUAGCUGUUCCCUCUUUUUAUAUACAAACUUUUUAUUCUUUUGCGCGGCAUUAUGUCUGAUGAGGAGGAAGACUAUAUGUCUGAUGCAUUUCUCAGUAAAAUCCAAGAUGUGAAACCAGGUGUCAGCAUGGUGAGGCGAGUAAAAGAAUCAAUGAAGAGGGAGGCAGAGCAAAAGGAGAAGAAUAUCAAGAACCGUCAGAAGACCUACAAGGAGCAGGAGAAGGAAAGUCGAGAAUCAGCUUUACAGAGCUCCAUUAGCAACGAAAACAAGGGAUUUGCACUUCUACAGAAAAUGGGUUACAAAGCUGGACAAGGCCUCGGGAAGGAGGGUGCAGGAAGAGUUGAUCCAAUUCCUCUAAAUAUCAAAAUAGACAGAGGUGGCAUUGGAAUGGAAGAGGUGAAGAAAAGAAAAGCUGAGGAGGAGCUUGAACAUUAUCGACAGAAAAUACGAGCCAAACAACAGAAUGAGACCAAAUCCCUGGAAGAUUUUAGAUCAAGAGUAAGGACAGAGAAAGAGGAGCGAAAGAUCGAAGGAGAACUCACAAGGAGUCAGCGAGCCUGUGAGCAGCUUGACAGUCAGAAGGGCAUAACUGUCCCCAGAGAAGACUGGUACUGGCCUCAAGCAGCUGCUGAUGAUGAGGAAGAUGAUCUUAAAGAAGAGGAGGAACUCGAGGAGACAGUGGAACUGACUUCCUUUGACAAACUUCAAAUUUUGACAUCCUAUUUGAGAGGCAUCCAUUUUUAUUGCAUAUGGUGUGGGACCACCUAUAAUGAUGAAGACGACUUAUGUUCUAACUGUCCUGGGGAUACAGCAGCAGACCACGAAUGAUGCAAUAUAGUAGGUCCUAGUGAAAAAGCAGUUUGAAAUUCUUGACCCUGAAAACGUGUGAGUGCAGACAGAAUUUUACUGUGUGAAACUGGCUCAUUACACUACGCUAUAAUAAGCAGUUAAGGCAGUAAUUUAAUAUGAUUAUAAUUGGAGAAAGAAUUAUAUAUCAUUCCAUUUCUAUCUGCUGUCUGGGAGGACGUUUAUGUUUGUGGGUGGCAGUCUUGAAUUUGUCUUUGUCUUUAGAAGUACUCUGGAAAAAUCGGAUAGCCUAUUAUUUAUAUUUAGAAAAGAUGUACUAAUGUUUUCAUUAAACAUUUCAAAACUU